AGUUCUCUGUGCGCUCCCAUUCAUUUCCUGAGAACUGCCUGAGCCGAGCAGCUGAGAGGCAGAAGGGGAGGGAGCUGCUCACUCACAUACACUCACACUCACACUCACACACACACACACACACACACACACAUUAUCACACACACAUACACACGUACAUACACGCAGAGUGAGAGGAGAGAAGAAGAGAGGAGAGGGAGAGGAGGAGAGGAGACAGAGAGGACUGUAGAAAGGAAAACAGUCUCCUAGUCUCCACGGCUCUGCAGCUUCUGACAAGGCAGCCUAAGAAACAGGAUGUUAAUGCUUGACGGAAUGCCUGCAGUCCGAGUCAAAGCUGAGCCCCUGGAAUCGGAACAAGGGUCACCUAAAGUGCGCCCUUAUUCUGCGAUGGACGGCGUCCCCUUCUUCCUCAGCAGAGUUAAACCCGAACCUCCAGAAGACCUGCUCGCUCACGACCUGCACUUCCACACACAGACCGAGCCUGUCGACCUUUCAAUCAACAAACCCCGCCCCUCCUUUUCAUCCACCACCCCUACCACCACCUCAUCAUCUUCCCCUCUCAGAUCCGCUUUCUCCCCAUCUUCUUUAUCGUCGUCAUCCUCCUCCUCCUCCUCCUCCUCUCCAUCGGUUAUCACCUCAGCCUCAUCGGUGCUCACGCCAGGCCCUCUGGUUGCCCCCGGAACCGGGGUGAGAGGUCAGCCGUAUUUGCACAUCCUGCACUCUGUGCCGCCGCCUCCAUCCAGCCCUCUGAGCCUGCAGGGAGCAGGGAAGCUGGCCAGCCAUGUUCACCGCAUCCCAGUUGUGGUACAGUCGCUGCCCCUCAUGUAUACCACUGCCGUUCGAUCAUCGUCCAGCCUCAACAACGCCAUCAUGCUACCUCUGCUGGAAGAGGCCAAAAGCCAGGGCAAAGCACACAUAGACCACAACGGCUUGUCGCCAAGGCAGAUCAAAAGUGACAGCGAUGACGACGACCUACCAAACGUGACCUUGGACAGUGUUAAUGAGACCGGCUCCACUGCGCUGUCUAUAGCCCGCGCCGUACAAGAUUCCAUGUCCCCGUUCAGUAUUGACAGCAUACGGCGCCCCCGGAGGUCAGAGUCACCAGAUUCCAAAAAGAGAAGAAUCCACAGAUGUGACUUUGAGGGCUGCAAUAAGGUGUACACCAAAAGCUCCCAUUUAAAAGCACACCGGAGGACGCAUACAGGGGAAAAGCCAUACAAAUGCACCUGGGACGGUUGCACAUGGAAGUUUGCCCGCUCUGAUGAGCUGACGAGGCAUUACAGAAAACACACAGGGGUGAAGCCCUUCAAGUGUGCAGACUGUGACCGCAGCUUCUCCAGAUCUGACCACUUGGCCCUGCACCGACGGAGACACAUGCUGGUGUGAAUCAGACGGAGAGCGAUAAAGAGAGAGAGAUUAAUGGAACAGACACACGCGCACACAGAUAUACACACACACACACACACACACACACACACACAUAUACACACACACUCACAGGCAGCCGGGGAGCGGGAUCUCCCUAUGAAUGUUUUUCAGCUGGCCUGGAUGCACACACAUACACACACAUAGACGCACACAUACACUCUCAUCCGUCAUGAGGAGAGAAGAUGGAGAGGUGCACAGAGCUUGUGGAGCACAAAACAGGGUCACUUCUGGAUCCUCUUUGGGUUGGAAGGAAUAGACGGCAGGAUCUGUUAUUGUCAUUGUUUGGAGUAUAAUAGGGAACUGUCUUUUACAGCACUGUUUGUAAAUGUUUCACUUUGAUUUUUAAGAUGAACUCGCACUCUUUAUUUGGACAAAAAAUAUAUAUAAUGCAAUCGCAACUGUAUCUUUUUGGUAUCUUUCUUUUCAUUAUCGUUUUAAUGGCUGCUUUUCCAGCAUUCAUAAUGUGAAAGACCCCAUUGUAUGGAAUAGAUUUCCUGUGUGAGCAGAAAGAAGUUAAGCCUGGACUGGAACACAGGAAACGACUUGGGCCUAGUUGGAGUUAAAGGCAGUAUUGUUGCGCCGUGCCUCCCUGUGAGUCUGAUUUGUGACCAGCAGAGGGCCCCAUUUCACCACGGAUGGUUUCCUUUGCCUGCUGGAGCUUGCUGUUCUAUCCGAGGCAUGCCAUAUAGAAGAAAAAAUAGGGCUGGACUUUCACCUUUCUCAUAGCCAGCAAACAAUAAAUGACAUUAACUCAAACAGCCACAACCUGAAUGGAUCAACCUCAUCAACACAUCUGCUUUUUCAGAUGUUCAUUGCUUUAUUUCAAACAAGGAAGAUUGGACAUGCAUAUCAUCACACCAGCUAAGAAACACACCGUUUUAUGACCCACUCACAGGGCUGGAUAGCCCCAAAUCUAUGAAAAAUCUAUCAAAAUCAAUGAUAUUCUCUAUGUUGAGCCUCUUGAAAGCAUUUUCUUAACAAAAAGUCUUUGGUGGAUUUAGUGCUGUGAUUAGCAAUCAGUAAAGUGCAAUCUUAAGGAUAAAUAUACUUUCAAUAUGACAACAUUUUGUUCAUUGAAUCUUGCUUUUUUUUAAAAUGCCUGCUUUUUGCUUAUGUUUAACUCAGAAAAAUACAACCCCUCAUGUACAGCGAACUUUGGAACAAUCAGAGGAGAUUUCCAGUAUGUGAAAAAAAUGGAGGCACCUUACAGACUCAUGCAUUCAUUCUGUCCCGAUCUAUCUGUUUCUAUUAUUCAGCUCUGUUUUCUCAGCUGGGUUUUGACAGUGAAAGGAACUUGCUUUGUGGUUUUGCACAGCAGCACUUGACCAUAAGCUGAAACUGACAUCGGCUACAGUGUUACAGGGAUAGUGUGGUACCUGAUAUACAAUACAGAAGAGCAAUACAUACUGAACAAAGAAAUGAGAGGGAACGUCAACCUCCUCUUUGUUCUGUUUGCUGAUGUCAAUACAGGAGGAGAUGUUUCUAACUGGGCCCACUCCUCCUCAGUCUGUACCACAACUCCCUCUGUUGAUUGGUUUGUAGCUCCAGCACAAGGCUCUAAUCAGAUGUGUCUCACUUAGAGUUACUCCGAAUCAUUUUAUUUUGUUUUAUGUUAUGUGUCUCAAAUACAGUCAGUCACUUGAAAUGUUCUCAACUCAGACCAGAUAUAUGUAAGAUUAUUAUCUGAUAAGAUUUGGCUAUAUAAAAUGCUGAAAAAUAGAGGAAUCACAUAUGCAUACAUACAUAGUACAUAUAUAAAAAAUACAUGCACAUGUACAUACAUGAAUACAUUAUGUGUGUACAGUAAGAAUACAUUUUUGAUGCAGUUACUGGCAGAAAUAUCUUAGAGAACAUCACUUAACCUUCAUCAGGAAAUUCAAUUAAAAAGUAUAUUUUUACAGUCAUAAUAACAGACAUUUUUGCAAGUAUUACCAAUACUCUUCAUGCUGUAUAAAACCUGCAGACAUAAACAAAGAGCAUCAGGCCAACCCAUAUUAUUUGAUAGUGAUCCUUAAUGCAUUUAUUGGACUGAAGCCAGUAAAAAUAAAUGGCAAUAGCACCUUGAAAAACAUACACUCACACACAUAACACACACUCAUGCAGAUAUAUACACACACCUGCACGCUUGCAUUGAACAACCUCACUAUCAGUAAAGUAGCCAAAUCCAGGAAGUCAUUUCCACACAUGCACCCAGUGUAUGUGACACCCCUUUGAUGUAAUAGAGAAUGGUAAUGUAUCUUAUCAUUAUUUAUGUAUGUUGUUUGCGCACAUGUCAUUAUGCCCAGUUGUAUUAUCAUUUUGGCAAAAGCAUAUCAGCACCUUGUUUGUUUAUUAGUAUGAUUUUCAAAUUGUUUUAUUUCAGAUGUCAAUUUAUAAACAAAUAAUCAUCAUCAUAUUGUAUCAUCCAUAUAUGUAUGAGAACAUUUUAUUAUUAAGGGGCACUUCAUCAUUGCAUAUAACUCUUUUUCUUUUGUAAAAAGGAUCUUUUGAAAUGUUGUAAUAUAUGUGAUAGUGAAGAUAAAACUUAUUACAAAGUUCUACAGCCUGUAUAUACAUUGGAAAAAUAGGGCUUUUGAUUAGUAGAUGCAGGAAAUACAUUUAUACAUGUAAAGUCUUUUUCAGAGACUGUAAUUUAUCUAAUUUGAUAUACAGUGAAAUGGGGCUAAUGGUAGUCAUCAUGUAAAUUAUCAUAUGUGAUGUUAUAUAAUAGUUUGCUUUCUUUGGUUUGUGGUUAAAUAAGUUCAUGAUCAAAUCAUUUUUAUUCCAAAGGCUGAACCAGUGUUUGCUAUAAUCAACAAAUUAUUUAUAUACAUUGACUGUAUUAAGGUACUCAAUUCCCUGUGUUGCUAUUUUGCUAUUCCCGGACAAGAAAUUAUAUUGAUCAAGCACAUAUCAACAACACAUGUACUCUCGUAUUCAGUAUAUGACGUUGCAUGCCUUAAUAGACCAUUUUUUGCUAAAUUCAGUUAGACUUGCAUAUGGUGUCUCCACAGGACAGGGUGUAUUAUAUUUCCCUUCAGCAUUUAUUUCCUCAUUGUAAAGCAUAAUUUUGUAACGGUAACCAGGGUCAAAGUUAUGCAAUAAUAAUGAAUAGUGCCUCAUAUUGCAAACUUGUAAUAUCAACUGCUCUGUGCAGACUUUAGAUUUCAACAUGUGUGCUCAAAUUAAUUAAUAAUUUCAAAAUGGGAAACCAUGAAUUUUGGAAAAAGCACAGACAACAUUAUGCAAGUCGGACCUCUAAUGUUUAACUGUCUUUUCGCACUGAGCCUUAUGCCAUUGUGUCAAAUGCAGCAUCCUCCCAUAACACUUUCACAGGCUGUUUAUAGCUCAUGUUAUUACUUUGCUUGCAAUAAGUCACUUCCUCUAAGGGGAACAAAACUGAGUUACAAAGGCCUCUUGAUGUUUCAGCUUCAUCACAUGAAUUCAACAUAGUGAUUCCAUGGAAGAUAAUGAGGAACUUACUCACAGGAAAAAAAUCCUGUGGCUGGAUUUCUGGCUGUAGAGUGACACCUUUGUUAAUGAAUACUGAUCUUACACUUCUCUAUCAGUUCAAUAUCUAUUUUACUUUCUGUGUAGCACAUGCUUUUGAUUUCCUGGUUUUGAAAUUUUAAGUAGUGAAGCCAAUGCCUAUGUUUCCAGUUUGCUGAUAUUACGUACAGUAAUCGUUGUUCCUGUAUUUAUGUAAAGUGAGUGUAGUGUAAAUAUAUUCAGAUCUUUUCAUUCUUACCGUAAAAAAAAAUUGUGAUAUUGCUCAGCAUCGCUUCAAAAGGGAGAUUCUUCUCAUGGAAUUCCACAUCUGUAAAAGAAAUUUUUAAUCCUGAUAUUUUUCAAAACUUCAAGAACAGGUGUCCUUUUUUUCUGUUACGCUUUUCUUUUCUCCAGGAGUUGUUUAAGUAUCCAGUCAGUGUUUUGCCUUUUUCUCUGUAUUUUUCAUAUGGAUGGAGCUGUGAAAUUAAAAUAAGUUCAAACAUAUACAUGUAUAUCAAUAUGAAUGGAGGCAUGAAGGUUAAUAAAGUUGCAUUUUGUAUGUAA